CACUAUUCAUCUCAGUAUCACAUCACUUGCGUCCAACCUCGGACCUGGAAGAACCAAAUUCUUCUACUUACGGCGUUAUCCCUCGUGGCCUUAUUUGUACCUGCUUUGCAAAGAUCGAGAAAUGGUUAUGUGAAAUCGUCGACUGUUUAUGUAGAAAAGCAGUCGUGUUACUUCUUUCUUCGUAUUUUUUUUUUACAUCUCAGUGGGAGCUGUCAGAGGUUGGUCGUUGGUUGAUCGCAGUGAGGUCGACCCGGUGCGGUUUUCUUGUAUGAGCGAGGAGCCAGCUGUUUGCAACCAUGAAGCGCAGUAAGCACCGUGCACACAAGGAGAAGAGCGGAGAUGAACCGGCUGUUCUGGAGACGGAGUCCCUGUUCAUGGGAGGCCAGGAUCCGGACACGGUGUCGCUGGCCUCCGUCACCGCCGUCUGCACCAACGUCUCCAACAAGAGAUCAAAGCCAGACAUUAAGAUGGAGCCCAGUGCGGGGAGACCCAUGGAUUACCAAGUGAGCGUGACGGUGGUAGAGGCCAGGCAGCUUGUGGGCCUGAACAUGGACCCGGUGGUGUGUGUGGAGAUCGGCGAUGACAAGAAGUACACGUCCAUGAAGGAGUCCACCAACUGCCCGUACUACAAUGAGUACUUUGUGUUUGACUUCCACGUGCCCCCAGACGUCAUGUUCGACAAAAUCUUGAAGUUGUCUGUCAUUCAUUCCAAAAACCUCCUGCGCAGUGGUACACUGGUGGGGUCAUUCAAAAUGGACGUUGGCACUAUCUACACUCAACCAGAACAUCAGUUUUACCAUAAAUGGGCAGCUCUAUCGGACCCCGAAGACAUCACGGCCGGAUGUAAGGGCUACAUUAAGUGUGACAUCGCCGUCGUGGGGAAAGGAGACAACAUCAAAACUCCACACAAGGCCAACGAGUCGGAUGAAGAUGACAUCGAAGGUAAUCUGCUGCUCCCAGAGGGGGUUCCUGCGGAGCGCCAGUGGGCGCGGUACUACCUGAAGAUCUACCGGGCCGAGGGGCUGCCUAGGAUGAACACCAGCAUCAUGGCCAACGUGAAGAAGGCCUUCAUAGGGGACAACAAGGACCUGGUGGACCCCUACAUACAAGUGCAGUUCGCUGGGCAGAAGGGCAAGACCACGAUUCAGAAGAGCAGCUAUGAGCCCAUCUGGAACGAGCAGAUUGUUUUCACUGAGAUGUUUCCCCCGCUGUGCAAGCGGAUGAAACUCCAACUCCGGGACGCGGAUAAGGUCAACGACGUUGCCAUAGGAACGCACUUCCUGGAUCUGCGCAAAAUUUCAAACGAAGGAGAGAAAGGCUUCCUCCCCACGCUGGGGCCCGCCUGGGUCAACAUGUACGGCUCCACCCGGGACUACACCCUGAUGGACGAGUACCAGGAGCUGAACGAGGGCCUGGGGGAGGGCGUGUCCUUCAGGGCCCGGCUGCUCAUCAGCCUGGGCCUGGAGCUGCUGGACACCUCCUCGCCCGAGAUCACCUGCUCCACCGAGGUGCAGGUGGAGGGCGUGCCCAACAUCUCCGAGUCCGCCACAGGCAAGGUGGAGGAGUUCUUCCUCUUCGGUUCCUUCCUGGAGGCCACCAUGAUCGACAGGAAGAUCGGCGACAAACCCAUCAGUUUUGAAGUCACAAUAGGGAACUACGGCAACGAAACUGACGGGGUGUACAAGCCCAAGGGCAAGGGGAGGAAGGGGAGCGGCGAUGAGGAGGAGUCUGAGCUGAUCCAGAACUCCAGCGACGAGGAGAUUGAUGACGACCCAGACCUGGCCGCCGUGGCGUCCACGCCCCCCAUGAAGCCCGUCAUCACGGACAGGAACUACUUCCACCUGCCGUACUUUGAGAGGAAGCCCUGCAUCUACAUCAAGAGCUGGUGGCAGGACCACCGGAGGCGGCUGUACAACGCCAACAUCAUAGACCACCUGGCAGACAAACUGGAGGAGGGGCUGAACGAUGUGCAGGAGAUCAUCAAGACGGAGAAGGCCUACCCAGAACGCAGACUCCGCGGAGUCCUGGAGGAGCUGAGCAUUGGAUGCAGUCAGUAUUUGGCCCUGGCCAACAAGGACCAGAGCCAGUCAGGCAGAACCAGGUUGGACCGGGAGAGACUGAAGCUGUGCUUGGCUGAAGUGGAGAGCAUCGGCCAGCAGGCCAAGACCAUGAGGUCUCAGGUGAAGAAGAGCACCGUGAGAGAUAAGAUCAAGCUGGCUCAGAACUUCCUGCUGAAGCUGCGCUUCAUGGCCGAGGAGCCCCAGCACAGCGUCCCAGACGUGUUCAUCUGGAUGCUGAGCAACGGGAAGCGCAUGGCCUACGCCCGCGUGCCCUCCAAGGACAUCCUGUUCUCCAGCGUGGACGAGGAGACCGGCAAGGAGUGCGGCAAGGUCAAGACGGUGUUCCUCAGGAUCCCGGGUAAGAAGGGCUUUGGCCCGGCGGGCUGGACAGUGCAGGCCAAGCUUGAGGUGUACCUGUGGCUGGGCCUCAACCGCCAGCGGAAGGACUACCUGAGUGGCCUGCCCAACGGCUUCGAGGAGAACAAGCUGUCCAGGCCCGGCCUGCCGCCCUCACCCCCCAUCAGCCUCACCUACAUGAUGAAGCAGAUCUUCCAGCUGAGGGUGCACAUGUACCAGGCCCGGAGCCUCUUCGCCGCAGACAGCACCGGCCUGUCUGACCCCUUCGCCAGGGUCUUCUUCUCCACACAGAGCCAGGUCACGGAGGUGUUGGCUGAGACCCUGUGCCCCACCUGGGACCAGCUGAUGGUGUUUGAGAACGUGGAGCUGUUCGGCACGGCGGUGGAGCUGAGGGACGACCCGCCCAUCAUCGUCAUUGAGAUCUACGACCAGGACACGGUGGGGAAGGCCGACUUCAUGGGCCGAACCUUCGCCAAGCCCGUGGUCAAGAUGGCCGACGAGCACUACGGCCCGCCGCGCUUCCCGCCCCAGCUGGAGUACUACCAGAUCUACCGCGGGAACUGCACCGCCGGGGAGAUGCUCGCCGCCUUUGAGCUGCUGCAGAUCGGCCCCAACGGGAAGGCCGACCUGCCUCCCAUCGACGGCCCCACCGACUUCGACCGCGGGCCCAUUCUGCCCGUGCCCCUGGGCAUCCGGCCCGUCCUCAGCAAGUACCGCAUCGAGGUGCUGUUCUGGGGCCUGAGGGACCUGAAGAGGGUCAACCUGGCCCAGGUGGACCGGCCCCGUGUGGACAUAGAGUGUGCCGGCAAGGGGGUCCAGUCGGCCCUCAUCCCAAACUACAAGAAAAACCCCAACUUCAGCACCCUCGUCAAGUGGUUCGAAGUGGACCUCCCGGAGAACGAGCUGCUCCACCCCCCUCUCAACAUCCGGGUGGUGGACUGCCGGGCGUUCGGCCGCUACACCCUCGUGGGCUCCCACGCCGUCACCAGCAUGCGCAAGUUCAUCUACAGACCCCCCGACAAGCAGGCCAACAACUGGUCCUCCUCGGAGGAAAUAGUUGUGGUCAGUUUGGAACCAGAGCAGAACUUCAAGAAGAUGGACACUGUGGUGAAGCUGGACUCAGGUUCAGAUGCAGUGAUCAAAGUUGAGGAUGAUGAUGGAAAAGGCAAGAAGAAGAAGAGGAAGAAGGGCGGGGAGGACCCUGAGGAGGACGAGCUGGACGAGAGCAUGCUGGACUGGUGGUCCAAGUACUUUGUCUCCAUUGAGACCUUGACGGAGACUCUCAGGUCCCAGGAGACGGCUCUCUCUGACUCAGAGGACAAGGAUGACAUGGACAUCACAGAGGGUGGAGAGAUCAAACCGGAUGAUUUCCCCGUAAAAGCCAAGAGAGGGAAGAAGAAGAAGAAGUCCACUGAGACACCAGAGAGGAAGAAGCCCAAGCUGGACGAGCUCAAGGUCUACCCAAAGGAGCUAGAGGCGGAAUUUGGCAACUUCGAGGACUGGCUCCAUGUUUUCAACCUGUACAGAGGGAAGAGUGGCGACGAUGAAGACCAGAAUAUGGCAGAUGAGGACAGACUCAUAGGGAAGUUCAAAGGGUCACUCUGCAUGUACAAAGUGCCAUUGUCCGAAGACUUCAGCAGAGAGUCGGGCUUUGACGCAAGCAUGGGCAUGUUUCAGAACAUCCCGCACAACGAUCCAAUCAACGUCCUUGUCAGGGUCUAUGUCAUCAGGGCCACCGAUCUGCAUCCAGCAGACAUAAAUGGAAAAGCCGACCCCUACAUUGCCAUAAAACUGGGAAAGUCUGACAUCAAAGACAAGGAGAACUACAUAUCAAAACAGCUGAAUCCGUUGUUUGGCAAGUCGUUCGACAUCGAAGCCACGUUCCCGAUGGACUCCACCCUGACGGUGUCCAUCUUUGACUGGGACAUGGUGGGAACCGACGACCUCAUCGGGGAAACCAGGAUCGACCUGGAGAACCGCUACUUCAGCAAACACAGGGCCACGUGCGGCGUGGCCUCCAACUACGCCAUCCACGGCUACAAUGUGUGGCGGGAUCCCAUGAAGCCAUCCCAUGUCCUGGCUAAGCUCUGCAAAGAGGGCAAGUUGGACGGGCCUCACUACGGGCCCGGGGGUCGGGUGAAGGUCGCCAAUCGAGUGUUCAUGGCUGGCACCGAGAUAGAGGAUGACAACGGUUUGAAGAAGCCGACCGAGGAGCACCUUGCCCUGACGGUGUUGAGGCACUGGGAGGACAUUCCAAAAGUGGGCUGCAAACUGAUCCCCGAGCAUGUAGAAACCCGGCCCCUCCUCCACCCUGAUAAGCCCGGGAUCGAACAGGGGAGGAUCGAAAUGUGGGUGGACAUGUUCCCUAAAGAGAUGACUGCCCCUGGACCCGCCCUCGACAUAUCACCACGGAAGCCAAAGAAGUUUGAACUGAGGGUGAUCAUCUGGAACACAGAUGAGGUUGUGUUGGAGGACGAUGACAUCUUCACCGGGGAGAAGUCCAGUGACAUCUUUGUACGAGGCUGGCUGAAGGGCCAGCAGGAGGACAAGCAGGACACCGACGUCCACUACCACUCAAUCACCGGCGAGGGCAACUUCAACUGGCGCUUCGUCUACCCCUUCGACUACCUGAUGGCCGAGGAGAAGAUCGUCAUCUCCAAGAAGGAGUCCAUGUUCGCCUGGGACGAGACGGAGUACAAGAUCCCGGCCCGCCUCAAUCUCCAAGUGUGGGAUGCCGACCACUUCUCUGCGGACGACUUCUUAGGCGCCAUCGAGCUGGACCUGAACCGCUUCCCUCGGGGCGCCAAGACCCCCAAGCAGUGCACCAUUGAGAUGGUGACCAACGAGGCCGAGAUGCCCAUGGUGUCCAUCUUCAAGCAGAAGAGGAUCAAAGGAUGGUGGCCCUUUGUGGCCAGAAACGAGGAGGACGAGUUUGAACUGACAGGCAAGGUGGAGGCGGAGCUGCACCUCAUGACCGGGGAGGAGGCCGAGAAAGGUCCUGUUGGGGAGGGACGCAAUGAACCAGAACCACUGGAGAAACCCAACCGGCCAGACAUCGCUCUCCUCUGGUUCCUCACCCCCUUCAAAGCCAUUAAAAACCUGCUGUGCAACCAGUACAGGUGGCUGACCAUCAAGAUCGUCACGGCGCUGCUCCUGUUGGCCCUAUUUGGCGUCUUCCUCUACAACAUGCCCGGCUACAUGGUUAAGAAGAUGCUAGGGGCGUAGCCACGUCAAGCUGUGAUAUAGCCUCUAUCACAUAUCCAGGGAAAAGCUAGAGGUUUCGAGUUUCUUACUCUUCAAGGGAAUGUAUUUUAGGUGUAUUAUGUAUUUUUCAGGGUGCAGCAUAUUGUAGCAGGCCGGGUCAGACGAGAGGUACUGGGUCGAACUCCGAUGUCCGCAGGGACGGUCUGACCUGUAGGCAUUGUUGAAAAGAUGUCCAAUUCCUACUUGCUUCCUAAUGACACACGUCUUAAUUCGCUGUAAAUUGCUUUUGUUUAAAGCAACUGAAUAAAUAAUCAAGUAGUAUAGGACUGGGAAAGAAUCCUCUGUGGGAGUUAUAUUGCAUUGGCCUUGUUGUGAAAAUCAAACAAUUGUGUUGCUGUUCAAAAGAGGAUCCCUUAUGGAGGGUAUUGAAAACAAUGCUUUCUAUAUUGGCAUUAUGGAGGGUUUCGGGUGCAUACUUAUGGCUUUGUCUGGAAUUGCUUAUUUUUCUAUACACAUUUUCGGAUCGUCAAUCGAUUCCACGUUGCAAGUCGGUAGAGGGUUUACCUUAAAGCUUUCAAUGAAAUGCAGACUGGUCAGUAAAGUUAUUUUGUGUUUGCCCUCUCUUUUCUCGUUUUUAGUGUUGCGUUAUUUAGACAAACACAGAAUGUUUGCCUUGGUCUAGCUGUUUCGAGUUGGACGUAUGUUGAUUUUGAAUUAUUGGAGUGCGGUUUUCAUAUAUACAUACACAACACCUGGAAUUUGUGAAUAAAGCUCUCUUGAGUUCC